AUGAGUGACGAGUACGAUUUUCUUUUCAAGGUGGUAAUGAUUGGUGAUUCCGGCGUCGGAAAGACCAACAUUCUCGGCCGGUUCACACGAGACGAGUUCAACCUGGACAGCAAAUCGACUAUCGGAGUGGAGUUUGCCACCCGGACCGUCAACAUUGAUAACAAGAUCAUCAAGGCGCAGAUCUGGGACACGGCCGGCCAGGAGCGAUACCGAGCCAUCACCUCGGCCUACUACCGAGGCGCCGUGGGAGCGCUGCUGCUCUAUGACGUGACCUCGACCCAGUCGUACAAGAACAUCAGCAGGUGGCUUCAGGAGCUGCAGGAUCACGCCGACUCCAACAUUGUGCUGAUGCUGGUCGGCAACAAGUGCGAUCUUAAGCACCUUCGGGCCGUGCCCACCGAGGAGGCCAAGCAGUUUGCUUCCCAGAACAAGCUGCUGUUCAUCGAGACCUCAGCCCUGGACGGCACUGACGUUGCCCUGGCGUUCCGAAACAUUCUCACUGAAAUCUACCACCGGGUCUCUGCUGCCGAGAAUGUCCACGCCAACCUGGAGGACUCCCGAAAGCCCCAGCAGGGCACCACCAUUUCUCUGACUCCCCAGCCUGGAGAUUCGGACAAGAAGAGCAGCUCGUGCUGUUAG